CAUGCCAUUUUGGCGUCGUCACCCUCAAGCAACGGUACGGUAGCUACCGUUCCCCUUGCUGACGUAUGCACUCUUGAAUAUCCUCGACAAAAUCCCAAAGCUUUCUGCUACUCGUUCAAAAAUGUGCCUUCGCGGCACCAGUACUUGCACCGGUAUGCGAAACGAUAUUGCCCAUUGAUACAUGCGAAGGCCGAGUUCCAUGCGCCAGGGGAGGCUGCGCAGUGGAGUGUGGGGUAUGGCGUUCUCAUACACCCGUGGCAGGAAAGUGCAUCGUGUUCGUAUUGUUCGCGGCAGUAUAUGUGCAAUAGUCUUUAA